AUGGCUCGCAAGUUCUUCGUCGGCGGCAACUUCAAGAUGAACGGAUCUAUUUCCGCCAUCAAGGAGAUUGUCCAGAACCUGAACAACGCUACCCUCGACUCCAACACCGAGGUCGUCGUCUCCCCUCCUGCAAUCUACCUCCAGCUCGUCCGCGACCAGCUCCGCAAGGACGUCGAGGUUGCCGCCCAGAACGUCUUCGACAAGCCCAACGGUGCCUUCACCGGCGAGAUCAGCGUCUCCCAGCUCAAGGAUAGCAACAUCAACUGGGCCAUCCUCGGCCACUCUGAGCGCCGCACCAUCCUCCGCGAGUCCGACGAGGUCGUUGCGUCCAAGACCAAGUACGCCACCGAGAACGGCGUCGGCGCCAUCUGGUGCUGCGGUGAGAGCCUCGAGGAGCGCGAGGCCGGCACCACCGUUGAGGUCGUCAGCAAGCAGCUUGCUGCCCUCAAGGCCGCCAUCUCCGACUGGUCCAAGGUCGUCAUUGCCUACGAGCCCAUCUGGGCCAUCGGCACCGGCAAGGUCGCCACCAACGACCAGGCCCAGGAGGUCCACGCCGCCAUCCGCGCCUGGCUCAAGAAGGAGGUCAGCGACAAGGUCGCCGACGAGACCCGCAUCCUCUACGGCGGCAGUGUCAACGAGAAGAACUGCAAGGACCUCGCCAAGGAGAAGGACAUUGACGGUUUCUUGGUUGGCGGUGCCUCCCUGAAGCCUGGCUUCGUCGACAUUGUCAACGCCAAGCAGUGA